AUGUCUGACGACAGUGACAAGCGGAAAUCGGUCCUAAUCACGGGCUGCGCUCCCGGAGGAAUAGGGAAUGCUCUUGCUCGUGAAUUUUACAGAAAUGGUCUGCGAGUAUUUGCAACAGCUCGAAAUGCGAGUCAGCUUGAGGAUCUUGAAGCCAUAGGCAUCGAGACGCUGAGUUUGACCGUCGACGAUGAAGAUAGCGUCCAAUUAUGCUUUGCAGAGGUGGAGAGGAGACUGGGUCAUAAGGGUCUAGAUUAUCUGGUGAACAACGCGGGUCGCAAUUAUACGGUUCCUGCUACCGAAGUUGAUCUCACCGAAGUCCGCGCGACGUUUGAGGUCAACUUUUUUUCCGUGGUCUACAUCUGCAAAACGUUCGUCCCACUGCUCAUCAAGGCGAAGGGUACUAUAGUACAGAUAGGGUCAGUUGCAGGGAUCAUACCCUAUGUGUUUGGUUCAAUCUACAAUGCCUCAAAGGCAGCGCUGCAUUCUUAUAGCGACACCCUACGGGUAGAGCUAGCUCCAUACGGGGUGAACGUCACUACAGUUGUCACUGGUGGUGUUCAAUCACGCAUUGCACGCACACAGCGCACUCUGGCACCCAACUCGAUCUAUGCUCCGAUUGAAGACCAGUAUACUCGUCGCGUCACACACAGCCAGGACGGAGCCAUGCCUCACUCUGCCUAUGCCAAGAGCGUUGUUGGACAAGUCUUAUACGGGUCUGCGCCGUGGCGUUGGCUCUGGCCUUGGGCCAAGGGGCGAAAGAGCUGGAUUUGGGAGGGGAACAAAAGCUGGAUUAUCUGGUUGUUCAUGGGUGGCUGGGCCUGGUCUGGUCUCGCACAUGCCGUCAUGACGAGGAUGUUCGGACUGAAUAAGUUGAGGAAGAUCCUCGGGAACUAG